UAUGAAUGCAAGAGUCAGAGUGACGAGAGAGAACCGACUACAUAUGUGGUUCACACAGAUCUUUUCACAAAAGCUCCUUAAUCCAUUGAAGAGGAAACAGCUGGAUCGCGGUGCGCCCCCAUACCACGACCAAUUAAGAGUGAGCGCGCAUUUAUCGUCUUUGAGGACGUGAACAUGCGCUGAUCUGUCAUCUUUUCACGCUAUUUAUAUUUUCAGUCCACUUUUAGUGCAACACGUCGUUUCUGUGGAUUAUAUGAAGCUGGUUGGAUCCUAAGGACAGAGUGCGUCAAGCGAGCGCAUGUAUCCAACAAGUGAAUGCACGAAUCCGCUCGCAGCAGACAAACCCUGGGACUAAAAACAACAAUCUGCAGACUGACAGCAUUCAUACGGUUGUACCCACUGACUGGGUUGAAAUAGAGACAAAUAUCCUGCACUAAUUAGCUGUGCCUCAGAUGCGGAGCGUGUCUGGGUUGAGGAAGAUGUGCAUGUGUGCGCAUCGUCUCGGUCUGAGGUAGUUUUCUAUCUACAGAUUCCGUGUGUUAUUGAUUUCCAAGCAAAUAAAAAAACUGCAAUGAGGUAAGAAAUCGCCUAUAUUUUUUCUGCUCGUCAUUCAUUGAGCAAAAGCGAGAUUUUGAGGGACGCGCUGCGGAUUCCAUCGUUCCCCACCUCACCCCUCUACCCCAAUGGACUCCCGACUCUUUUCCCUCGGUGACUGUAGGGGAAAGUUGGCGUCCUCUCUGUAGACAUUUCUUUAUGAGGAAAGCGCAGGUGGAAGCCAAAGGUUGCAGCCAUGCCGAUGCAUCCAAUCACCUCCACCUUGAUGUACCGGGGGAUGUGCACUAUCCCCGACAUCCUCUCCUACAGCGCCCCGGUAAACCUGCCUGAAGACGAAGUUGAAGAAAUCCGCGAGGCCUUUAAAGUGUUUGACCGCGAUGGAAACGGGUUCAUCUCAAAGCAGGAGCUGGGAAUGGCCAUGCGGUCCCUUGGAUACAUGCCAAAUGAGGUGGAGCUGGAAGUCAUCAUCCAGAGACUGGACAUGGAUGGCGAUGGCCAAGUGGACUUUGAAGAGUUUGUUACUCUUCUGGGCCCGAAGCUGACAGCAGCUGGUGUGCCAGAUAAGUUCAACGGCACUGACUUUGACUCCGUUUUUUGGAAGUGCGACAUGCAGAAGUUGACAGUGGAGGAGCUGAAAAGGCUUCUGUACGACACCUUCUGCGAUCACCUUUCCAUGAAAGACAUCGAGAACAUCAUCAUGACUGAGGAGAACCACAUAGAGAACCCUGAGGACUGCCAGGUGGAUAUAGACAGUUCUAGCCCGACGCAGCACGUCAAGCAAACUUGCGUGCGCAAGAGCCUGAUAUGCGCCUUUGCUAUCGCUUUCAUCAUCAGCGUCAUGCUCAUCGCAGCCAAUCAAGUGCUGCGAAGCGGCAUGAAAUAGGAGCUAUGGCAUUUUCAGCCUUGACAACCACCUAAAGGCUGCCUCACAGAUAAAAGACAGAGAUAAAGCUAAAAAAAAAAAAAAAAAAAAAAAAAAAAAAAAAAAAAAACUGAUCCAACAGACAAUCACACCUCUGUACAACACAUGACUGCAGAACAACUGUAGUCACCAAUGACACUACAUGUGCAGGAAUUUGUCUCAAUGACAGGGACAUGCUGACAGCUACAGCAUUUCAAGGACACCAAGACUUCAUACACCAAGAGACAGCAGUCUGUCUAAAGUGGACAGGUGACUAUACAUAUCACUUUUCAUAAUACAACUUCUAGCAUUCAUUAGCUAUGUGCAUUUGAACAGUGUUGCAUUCAGUAUGGUGGCAGCUAUAAAGAGAAGUGUAGUGCCUGUCCAGUUUUGUAUUUGUCCAGUGUACCAUGCAGUUUAUUAUAAACAAGUAGAAAGAGAUGUGUGAAAUAUUGUGGCGAUGUUUGAGAAAAUGCUUUCCUGAGUGUGGAAAGUGUUGUUUUGAGAAAGGUCUGGAACAAACAGUACUGUGGAGAUAUUGUACAUGGUGUGGCAUUGUACAAAAACCACUUUGGAGUAUCAAUAGCUUGGUGAGAAACUGAUGGUGGGAAAGGUUUGCAGAGAGGUGCAUGUGAUUGUGUGGAUGGUUUCACUCAUUCACAGGCUGCAGGGCUUCAGUCUGAGCAGAGUGAUUCAGGUUAACAUCUCUUGGGAGGAAGGUGCUGAGGUCUGAAUAGACAGGUAACUUGUUAGAAAAAUAGUUGGACAUGCAGUAACACUCAACUCUGUGUCUGCAGCUGAGCUGUGCAGGCCUCAGAGGAUGAGAAUCUUCUAUGCAUGAAAUGCAUGGAUUUAAACAGUCGUCUUGACACAUUUGUAAAAGUUCUUAUCAAUGUAUUAAUCAUUAUGACUGUGUAACAGAGCUGUUUUCAAUUAACGACAACUGUGAGCAACCGUCUGUGAUGCAGGUUAUCAGCAAUCACAACAAAAGUAAAGCAUACAACUGCAUGAAAAAGAAGGGCUGCUUUACAUGCUCGGAAAAAUUCUCUUUGGGAUUACUAAACCAUGGACCUUUGCCUUGCAGGCGCCUGAUGAUCAUAUCUCACUGCCACAGAACAGCAAACUUCAAGAUGUGUGUCACUCAACCAUUUAAAAAAAUAUCCCCUUUAUCAACUGAUCUGGUUGUUCAUGGGGAUACGAAGGUGCAGGAACGUAAUGCGUUUGUUUUUCUUUCGGAUGCAUUGCUAUAGAGCAAUAACUGUAUUUCAAAUAACCAAUCCACAAUGCUUUGAAGGGGCAGGCAUCAUAGAAGUGUUAGCACCAGUGCACCUAACUGGCGAGCUCAGAAAUUUUUCUAUAGCACUUUUAAAAUUAAGAUUUUGGCAAUACAACAGAGACACUGGCUCUGAUGUUCAAACAGGUGACAACCCCCUUAUUCAGUGAGAUACAAAGAUUAAACAGAUGAGCAGAAACCUGUGGCCAGUGUGUGGACGUUCGACAGGGGCCAAAUGUUAUAAACUGUUGCAAUAAAACACGAAUAUCUGUGAAGCACCUUGUGAAUUUGAUUGGGUGUAGUUUAGACUGUUGUGCAUGCAUUUGAGUAAGGUUUGUCACUAUAACUGUCACUAUGUGUGCUGUACAUAUAAACUAACUUCAACCAAAGCUUUUGAGGAAUCUGUGACAACACAACAAGAGCAAGCAAACAACUGAUAACAUUUUACUUAUUAAAAAGAAAGAACACAGAAGUCCCACAGUCACUUGUACUCAUUAUUCUAUCAGUAGAUCUUCAUUAGGAAAGAUUUCUUACCUGAAAACAAGUUAUAAAACCAAUUGAAAAUUUGCCAGGGCAAAGACACAUUUGUAACGUCAAAGCUCUUCAAAAUGUUCUCAAAAACGAAACACUGCAACUUUGCGAUCUACAUAAUUCACCUUAUAUGAAUAUCCCUGUUGGCAGCUCCCCAGACCUGGAUCUCACACAACAGCCAGAAUUAAAUUAGACUACCCUGUUGGCCAGAACCAGGUGGGACAAAGAUUAUCUGAUGCACUUGGGUAAUUUGUUAAAGUGUCAAGUCUGUGAGGACCAUACAAAAAAAGUAAUCCCAACAAAUACCUUGGUUUCCAUUUUGCACUUUAAAAUGUGCUGCAGCGCACAGCAACAACUCACCGCCACGAUUGUUCAUCCAUUUCCAUGUAUAGCUUACACAAAGAAUUAUUUUACCAUAGAUGUAUCUAUUUUUGUGAUAAGAAUGUGAUGGAAUAGAGCCUGACUGAGAAAUGAUACUCAUUCAUCUUCUGAAAUCAAUAGUGGGGAAUUAUUUUCACAGGGAAUAAAAUUAUAAAAAUCUGAUUUGUUGCCUUAUUCUUUGAGACACUAACAUUGUGCAUACACAUAAAAACACUCAUGGGUUUAUUAUUUAUCACCAGAGCAAAAUGUACAGAUCAGUAUUUAUUUUCUUUUACAGAAUAAAAAAAACUGGAUGAAUUGUUGAUAGUCCACUGAAUGUUAAUUCCAUUAUACUGUACUUUGCAAAAAUGUUUACUGACCAUAUGUUAUUUGUUCAUUGACUCCACUCAGUGUUCUAUGUCAGUGAAAUGGUAUUUCACAUGAAUAAAAUCAU